GUGAGAAACUAAACAUUCAUCAAACGAAACCUACUCCUCUUAGAUAUAAUAGAAGCACGAGGGGGAUUGAAGAGAAUAGAGAUGAUGAGAAGAGAAUUUAUUGAGAAGGCUUGUGUUGUGUCUUUGAAGGCUCACAAGUCACCAGAUAAGCCUUACCUUGUUGAAAAGAUCAGCAGAAGCGAAGUUAUCAUCUGCUUUCCAGGAUCAGAUGCUGUCAGGGAUUGGUAUUCUCAGACAAACUUUGGUCAAACCAAAAUCAAUCUCGAUCUCUUUCCCCCCCUCAGAAGCAUUGGUAAUGAUGAACCAGCUUUGGUCAAUGAAGCCUUUCUAAAAAGAUUCCAAGCUAUUUUGCUCAAACCAGCACUUCCAGCUGAGGUGAAGAAAGCAUUGAGUAAAAAUAAGCAAAUAGUGUUCGCAGGACACUCCUCUGGUGCUCCAGUGGCCAUUCUAGCAACCCUUUGGGCCUUGGAAAACUACCAAACUCCAAAAAACCAAUUUGGUAUCCCUCCUAAAUGUGUAACAUUUGGUUCUCCCUUAGUUGGGAAUCACAUAUUUUCCCAUGCCACAAGACGAGAAAAUUGGUCACACUACUUCUUUCAUUAUGUGAUGAGAUAUGACAUAGUGCCACGAAUCCUCCUUGCACCCAAAUCCAAUUCUCUCAUCAGUGAACCAAUUUCACAGUCCUUCAACCCCAAAUCCAAAGAUUUCAUGAGUGAAUCAGUUGGAAGAACCAAUGCAAAGGCAACAUCAGAUUUCUACGUUGCCAUAAUGUCAAAUGCUGCAACUGUCACAAACUAUGCUGCUAGCAAGUUAAUGGGCAGCACAGACACCACACUGCAAACUCUGGCAAAUUUUAUUCCCUUAAGCCCUUAUAGACCCUUUGGUACUUACAUUUUCUGCACUGGAAAUGGAAAGUUAGGAAAGCAAAUUGUGAUAAAUAAUCCAGAAGCAGUUCUGCAGGUACUGUUUUUCUCUGCUCAAUUAAGCACCGAAGAAACAGAAGCUGCUCAAAUUCCCUUUAGAAGCCUACGAGAUCAUGCGAUUUAUAGCACCGAACUUCAACAAAUGGGAACGCAGAGUGUUGUGAACUUGGAUCAACUCGACAAGAUUCCUUUGUCUGAAGAUGCUGCAGGUGGCUCUGUUUCAACCUUUAACGUAGCCUUAAAUGACCUUGGCCUGAGCCCAAGAGCAAGACUGUGCCUUCGUGCAGCAGCAGAGUUGGAGGCAAGGAGAUGUGACAACGAGAACAAACUGAAUCAGAAGAAAGGCUUUGUUGAGGAAAAAAUGAAGGAGCUUCAGAAAUACAGAGAAUUAUGGGAGCAUCAGAAAAAGGGUUUCUACGACGGCUUCAGGGAGCACAAGAAAGCCGAAGAUUUCAAAGCAAACGUGACAAGGCUAGACCUGGCAAGUGUGUUUGAUGAGAUGAUAGAAAAGCUAAGAAGUUACGAACUCCCAGAUGAGUUCGAAGGGAAGAAAGAAUGGAUUGAUCUUGGAACAAGGUUUAGGCAACUAGUGGAGCCUCUAGAUGUUGCAAACUAUUAUCGCCAUGCAAGGCAUUACGAGGAUGAUCAUUCUUCUUACAUGGUUAAGGGAGGAAGGCCAAGCCGUUAUAGGUACCCUCAAAGGUGGUUGGAACAUGCUGAGAGAAGACCACAUCAAGUUAUCUCAGAAUCUUGUUUCUGGGGUGAGGUGGAGGAAAUUGGGUACAAGACAAGUAACGGUAAUGGGUCGUUUGAGGAUGUUAAGGAGAGGGUUGAGAGAUUAGAGACUCAGAUCAAAGGAUGGAGUGUGACAGGGGUUUUGGCUAAGGAUGUUUUGUUGGAGGGUUCUACCUUUGUCAAGUGGUGGAAAGCUUUGCCUCAACAUCACAAGGAACAAUCAUGCAUUAGAAAUCUUAUUUGAGAGUGACACGAUACGAGACAAACAUGCAUUCCAAGUUUACUCUCAGCUUGUGUCUUGCCUGAGAGUGAACGUUUUUGUUUUUGUUUCUAUUGUUUUCUUAUUUAUUUUCUUUUUUCUUUUUUGUUGGUUACUUCUCUUCUGUGGUUUGUCAUAAACAUCAUGAGCUUUCUGUCUGUUCUCUUCUGUGGUUUGUCAUAAAAAUAUUUUUUUAAUUAGACUAAUUAAUUCA